AUGAGCCUCUCGGCAAGCUUUGCCUUCGAGAUUUACUGGACAUUUCGCCUACUCUGACUGAGGCCGCUGGUGCUAUUGUUGAUGAUUCUUUUACCAGAUGCUUCAAGUCUAAUCCCCCCGAACCUUGGAACUGGAAUAUUUAUUUAUUUCCUCUGUGGUGUUUGGGUGUCGUAGUCAGAUAUGGACUUCUUUUCCCAUUAAGGGCAAUUGUUUUGACAAUAGGAUGGAUAAUAUUCGUGUCAUGCUAUGUUCCUGUGCAUUUUCUCCUCAAGGGCCAUGAUAGGCUACAGAAAAAAUUGGAGCGAGUUCUGGUAGAGUUGAUAUGCAGCUUUUUUGUAGCUUCAUGGACUGGUGUUGUCAAAUACCAUGGUCCACGGCCUAGCAUUCGUCCUAAACAGGUUUUUGUCGCAAAUCACACAUCUAUGAUUGAUUUCAUCAUUUUAGAACAGAUGACUGCCUUUGCUGUCAUCAUGCAGAAACAUCCUGGAUGGGUUGGAUUUUUGCAGAGCACAAUUUUAGAAGGUGUAGGAUGUAUUUGGUUCAAUCGUUCAGAGGCUAAAGAUCGUGAAAUUGUUGCUAGGAAGCUUAGGGAACACGUUGAAGGGGCUGAUAAUAAUCCCCUUCUUAUAUUCCCAGAAGGAACUUGUGUGAAUAACCAGUACACUGUCAUGUUCAAGAAGGGUGCAUUUGAGCUAGGCUGCACAGUUUGCCCGGUCGCAAUAAAGUACAACAAAAUCUUUGUUGAUGCCUUCUGGAAUAGUAAAAAGCAAUCUUUCACUACACACCUGCUGCAAUUGAUGACCUCAUGGGCAGUUGUAUGCGAUGUUUGGUACUUGGAGCCUCAAAAUCUAAAGCCCGGCGAGACACCAAUUGAGUUCGCAGAGAGGGUGAGGGACAUCAUAUCUAUUAGAGCAGGUGUUAAGAAGGUUCCUUGGGAUGGAUAUUUAAAAUAUUCUCGCCCCAACCCAAAGCACCGAGAGCGGAAGCAACAGAGUUUUGCCGAUUCGAUUCUCUGCCGCUUGGAAGAGUAGACAUUUUUCUGGCCUUUUCGGGGGAUUGUUGGAACAAAUGAAAUAUUUAUUCCAUGUUAAAAUAAUGAGGAUAAAUGGUGAAUACACAAAUUCCAUUGUUAUUUUGGGAAUACAUAUCUUGUUUCGUUAAGCAUUGAGCAAUAUGAGAUAAAUAGUUAAUGUAAAUAUCAAGAUUUCCCUGCAUUCAUAUCUUGUGUUUUAGUUUUUUUGGUCAGGAUACACAUUUUGCUGUCUUGCUGUCUUAUAAAGCAGAAAAAGAUAACAUCUUCAGCGCUAGCCGCCAGGAUUGUUGGGUCUUUCGUGUUGAUGUGUACUUUUCCCAAGAAUAGUCAUUCUGAGCUAGUAUGACAACUUUAUGUUUGUUACUAAUUUACUACGGUACUCGUAUAAUUUGAAGUACAUAACCAACGGUACAUUCGCGAAUUGAUAAUAUAUUAACUGGCAACAUACAUAAAUAU